UACAAAUAUGAUGGAAGUGCAGCAGCAGCACUCGCCGGUGGGGGUGGGACCACUCGACUUUUCCCGGCGAGGAGUAGCCGAGGCGUCGGCCUUUCGCGUCGUCAAGCCCAAACAGCAACAGCACCAGCAGAGCCCCCACCAGUUGCGAGCUCUUUCCGAAAAGAACAACAACAACAACAACAACAACAACAACAAUAUCAACACGAACAACAACAAUCACAAAAACGACAAUCCACAGGAGAGCACGAGGAUAGUGGCCAGCGAUGCCGAAGGUUGCGACGUGCGGUUGAUGUUUCCACGGCUGUGGGCUCCGUUCGCCAACGCCAGCGAAGUCACGAGCCUGCCACCCUUCCCAAAAUCUGAUCCAGAUCAGUUGUCCUUCAGCGUGGGCCGGUUGCUCGUCCGCUCCCCGCUGCUGAGGCUAUCGAGGAGCCCGACGACGCGGCGCUCGGCCUCGCGCUCGCCAUGCACGGACUCGCCCCGCACCGAAGACGGGGAGAUCGACAUCGACGUCGAAGAGGUCGACGAACACGUCGACGACCACCUCCAGCAGUACGACGACGGCUCGAGCCCACCCCGGUCCACGACACCACCCUCGCCCACGUCGCCCCACUCGACGCUGCUGCUCACGCAGAGCCUCGUCAAGCAGCCGUGCACCGCCGAGUCGCAGCAGCGGGGGGGAAAACAGUCGAUUAGCAGGUCGGGCGACUCGUUCAGCGUCAGCGCCCUCCUGAGGCCGGACCCGCCCUCGGCUCACCUGCAACAACAGCAACACCAGUGCCCGACCUCGCUACUCUACUCGACCUUACCCAUGCAGAACGGCGUCGUCAUCACGCCCCACCACCACCACCACCAGCCGCAUCAGCAGCACCACCCGCUCGGCUACCUGCACCCCCAGCUGUUGCCCCACCACUUGCUGCCCCCGCACCUGCACCCGCUCCUACGCGGGGUCCAUCCUGCUGGACUGCAGUCCCCCGGUGGGUCCCACGCGCUCCACCACCACCACCACCUGCAUCACCACCACCACCCCCUCGGGGACUACGGGUGCGUCAAGUGCGACAAGACCUUCACGACCCCGCACGGCCUCGAGGUGCACGCGCGUCGCUCGCACAACGGUAAGAGGCCCUUUGCGUGCGAGCUGUGCAACAAGACCUUCGGCCACGAGAUAAGCUUGACGCAGCACCGUGCAGUCCACUCGGCGGAGAAGGUGUUCGAGUGCAAGCAGUGCGGCAAGGCCUUCAAGCGCUCGAGCACCCUCAGCACCCACUUGCUCAUACACUCGGACACGCGGCCCUACCCGUGCUCGUACUGCGGCAAACGCUUCCACCAGAAGAGCGACAUGAAGAAACACACGUACAUACACACUGGUGAGAAGCCACACAAGUGCGGGAUCUGCGGCAAGGCCUUCUCCCAGAGCAGCAACCUGAUAACGCACUCGCGCAAGCACACGGGUUACAAGCCGUUCAACUGCGACCUGUGCAGCCGAUCCUUCCAGCGCAAGGUCGAUCUUCGCCGGCACCGCGAGACUCAGCACGCCGACCUCAGCGGUGGCUCCGCGGCCGGGUCGUCUAAUAAGACAGCGCGCGUCGAGCGGCGCGUGACAAAUAGGGCGCCCGAGGCAACGCGGAAAGGCUUGAACCCUCGGAGGCACGUGCCCGUGCAAUUCUUCAGUCUUGGACUCGAUUUUCUCGGGAACAACCUCGAGCCCAUCAACGCGCAAAAUGAACCUAAUAAACCUAUGUCAACAAAUUAA